AUGUUAGAUUUUUUCUACCGCAAAGUAACAAAAGAGUGGCGUGUUUUCGCCGAACGUCACCACCAGCAGCAGGAGCCAGGUUUUAUUUGUAUAUUUAGAGCUGCAAUCGCGAAGCUGAGAGGAGCGGGCUGCAAUCGCGAAGCUGAGAGGAGCAGGGUGAGAGUGAGAGGAGAUGGCCCUGAGGAGGCGUGGCGCUCUCUGGAGGUGCGGGGUGGAUAUCCAGUCUCGUCGAUAUCAUUCCUUUGCUCUUCUUCCAACUCACUUUCUCAAGCAAUGCUACCUAUCCCCAAAAAGAGCAAAGUCGAAGCAGCAGCUCGACUAGACUGGAGCGUCGCCAUGGCUGGGAUUGUACGCCAAAGCAAAUUUCGUCAUGUCUUCUGCAAACCGGUGAAACAUGAGCAGUGUAUGUCGGAUAUACGU